GCCAGUGACAGAAAAAGUUAAAAAGUGCCAAUUGGUUCAGACUGAUGAAUGAGCAGUAAAGCAUUUUGUUUUUCGGGGGAUUUAUUACGAAUUUUGCUUCCCAAGUUCUUGUGUUGUAUCGGAUACAAGUGUGCAUUACAUUGUUGUUGUUUUGGAAUUAAGCAAGAUUUUCAAAAGAAUUUACCGCAGGGCAAAUCAUCAUGAGCACACAAUGAGAAUUAGACACCGAGGCUAGAUUUGUCUCCAUGUCCACACCUGAGGUUCCUGUGUCCUCCUCAGAAUCGGGGGUCUCCUCCGAUGGAGUCGUCUCCUCCAAAACGGACCCCCCAGAGGCCUCCUCCAAACCCAGAGGACAGAGCGCAGAGGAGGAAAAGGAGCAUGCAGAGCUUCUAGCCAAGCUAGAGCAGGCUAAUAAGUUACUGGAGGCAGAUGAGAAAUCCCUUGUGAGCCUCAAUGUUGCCCCCUCUCCGACCCCCAGUCACUCCAGGAAGGGGUCAGGGUCCAGCGUGGUGUCCAGUACCUCAUCUAAUAGUCAUUACAGCAACCAGCAGUCCACUGAGGAACCAGACAAUACAAAAAGACCAGAACAGUUACGAAAAAUACCACCAGACACUGCAACAGGAAAUGUUUGGGACAUCUGGGGGAAACUGGUCAAUGACUGGGAUAAUGCAAGAAAGAAAACUUCACUCAUCAAGGAGCUGGUAAGGAGAGGGAUUCCCCAUCACUUUCGGGGCCUGGCCUGGCAGCUGUUACUGGGGGUCCAUGACUCCCCACACAAACAGCAGUAUGUGGAGUACCUCAAACAGACCUCCCCCAGUGAGAAGCUGAUCAGGAGGGACAUAGCCCGCACAUUCCCAGACCACGACUUCUUCAAGGAGAAGGACGGACUGGGGCAAGAGAGCUUGUUUAAUGUUAUGAAGGCAUAUUCCCUACACGACAGGGAAGUGGGAUACUGCCAGGGAAGUGGAUUUAUAGUGGGCCUUCUACUUAUGCAGAUGCCAGAGGAAGAAGCUUUUGCCGUCCUUAUUAAGUUAAUGCAGGACUAUCGUCUCAGAGAAUUAUUUAAACCUAGCAUGGCUGAACUCGGCUUGUGUAUGUAUAAACUGGAGUGUCUUAUACAGGAGCUGUUGCCAGACCUGUACCUCCACUUCCAGUCUCAGGGCUUUCACACCUCCAUGUAUGCCUCGUCAUGGUUCUUAACGCUGUUUGCCACCUCAUUUUCACUGUCUCUUUCAUGUCGCAUCAUGGAUCUAUUUAUUUCUGAGGGUAUGGAUGUGAUAUUUCGUGUGGGAAUUGCAAUACUACAAACUAGUCAAGAGGAACUCCUGUCUAUGGAUAUGGAAGGAAUGCUACAGCAUUUCCAGAAGACCAUGUUUAGUCAGUAUGAGGGAGAGCCAGAUAAACUUUUCGCCUCGGCUUUUGCUGUGAAAUAUAGUGCCAAAAAAAUGAAAAAAAUAGAGAAAGAAUACACAGCACUGAAAAGCAAAGAGAAUGAAGACCAGAUAGAAUUAAGGAGAUUAAGAACAGAAAAUAGACUUCUUCGUCAACGAAUUGAUGCCCUAGAAAAGGAAUCGGCCUCGUUAGCUGAUAGACUAAUUCAGUACCAAGUAACCAGAGCACAGGAAGCUGAAGAAACGUACGCCCUGAAAAAUAAUCUGUCCACAACCAAACAGAAGCUCCUAGAUACGUCACGGAAACUCGAGGAGGCCAAUACACUUAUAGGGGAUAUCAAGGAUAGGACCAGCAGUAUCACCUCAGCCUCCUCGUUAGAUGAAGAUGAGGCUCAGAACGUGAUCACUCAUCUUCAGGAAGAGGUCAUCGCUCUACGACUGAAGGACGCGGACACAGAGUCACUGGUCAAGGAGCUCCGAACUAAAAUCAAAGAAUUAGAGGAUACAAACAUACAGCUACAGAAGGCUCCCAGCAAUGAUGUCCAACAUCUACAAGAGGAACUUAUAGCAGUCAAACUGAGGGAGGCCGAGGCUAAUCUCUCUCUGAAGGAAAUGAAACACAAAGUCUACGAUCUAGAGUCACAAUGGGAGGAUUACCUCAUCAAGUCCAAUCAGGACCCGUCCUCCCCAAAAGAUAAAAAUAGUAACAAGCACGAGAUUCGGCAACUUCAGGAGGAAGUGAUGUCUGUCAAAAUUCGGGAGGCAGCGAGCUUAUCAGAACUGAAGGAGGCCAAGCAGAAAGUCAUGGAAUUUGAAACACAGAACCAUAUCUGCACGAAUCAGAUCCGGAGAAUGGACGAGGAGAACAAGUCACUGAAGUCUCAGAUAGAACUACAGGAGGCUCAGGAGAAGGACCUCAGGAACCAGAUCAAAGAAAUGUGUAGGAAAAUGGACAACUUAGAGGCACAGAGAAAAGAAGAGUCUGUGAUGACCAAAAUCAGAGAGGCUGAGCAAGACCAGACUUUGGCAGAACUCAAGCGAAAGAUAGCGGAACUUGAAAUCCAGAAGGAGGAACUUCUCACGGCUGAUCGAUUGGAUGCGAAAGAUGGAAGCCAGGACUUGGCCAAUCGAAUCUAUGAUCUACAAGAUGAAGUACUCCAGCUGAGGCUAUCCCAUAAUUCCUCAGUAUCAAGACCACCAUAUCGCAAUGGUUCUUUGAGUGAAAGUGACGAUGAAAAUGACGAAGACUUAGAAAAUCCCGACACCUUAAACCGAACAUUGUCCGACAUCAUCGAAGGCAAGUCCCCAGUCAGUGUCUUAACUUCAUCCCUUUUUGACAGUUCAUCCCCCGAGAAAAGCACUACAAAGUCCCUAGAGGAACUCUCGAAGAAUGGACAAAUCUCGGGGACAGAUCAGUGCAUCGAAACUUUGUCCCCAAUCUGUUCUCCCAGCAAAGUUCAAAGUUCAGAGUUCAACAAUGACUGUGAUACAGAGUUAGGUCACUCAGAAAAUGGUGCUUUAUCAAAUCCUUUACAAAGUAACGGGACCGGUGCAAAGGCGGGGAUAAAUAGUGACUCAGGCAAUGGACUCUCCUCAAGUUUACCUAACGGGGAGUUAAACAAUCCCAAUAACGAACGCACUGUGACUUCUCAAGAGUGCUCAACACAAGAAAGUGUGUCAUAGUAAAAUGGAGAUAAUCUGUUCUGAAUAUUUGUUGAAUAUAUUUGUAAACAUUUCCACAAAAAAAAUAUUUUCUUACAUUUAUUACCAGAUUAAAGAAUUUAUUGAUACUAUAUGGUUUAGUUUUAAAGAAUUUUAGAUUUGGAUGAAUGUCACUGGAGAUUUUUGGGUUAUUGUAAAGGUACUUGUAAAAAUACUGUGUAACCUAUCAUAUUUAUUUUUCAAGACAUGCAUAAAUGUAUUCUCCAUUCUUAAAAUAUUUUCAUGGUUUUAAUAAAUUGCAGGAUUUCCCUUAGAAACAUACAAGUUAGAAUCAUUUUUGACAAAUUUAUUUUAAACAAAGAAAUUUCUGUUUUUGUAAACUUAAUAUCCAAGGGAACAAAAAGUUUUACUGUAGAUUUCUUUCAACAAAUAAGAGCAAUCUUUUUGUUGUUUUCAGUCAAAUGAAAAUAGGGACUUAUGAAUAGUAUUUAUGAAAUAAUGAUCUAUUUGUUAAAAGAGAUGGUUUAAUCUCAUUCUUUCAUGCAAUUAGUUGUUUAAAGAGGACAGACUGACUUAAUUGAAACAAAAUUUUAGUUUAAUUUUGCCUGUGAUCUACACAUUGUUUUGUCCACACAACCAUAACUUAUGCCUUGUUCACUUUGAAUCUUUUUUUUUUUUCUGAAUUGUACAAUUUAUAUAGAUAUUAAAUGGGGAUAAGACUACCAUUUAUUGCAAAUAUUGUUAAUACUCACAGGAGUUAAUGUGCCAAAGAAUUUUGCAAGUAUUGUUUAUGCUACAUGAAAAAAAGGUAUUUAUUUUUCAAUUGAGGCUUGUUGGAAGUAGUCUAGAAAUACUGGCAAUUCUUCAUUAUGGCCGAAAUCUUGUUUUUGUUUUUAAAGAAAAAGUGCAUUUUGCUGUUUUCUCUGAAAAUUGUUUAAUCAAGGAUGAUCUUUGGAAGGGGGGAUUGUGCUUAGCAUGAAAAUAUUUCAAAAAUGGUUAAACAAUCUCAAAUAUUGCACUUGUGAUUCUUUCUGAUCUGUUCAGAGACCACCUGGAAAAUCUCAUAAAUUCCAAAUAUUACCUCAGCAAGAGUUACUGCCCUUAUUAUGAUAUAAAUUGUCUCCCCUUCCUUUCCUUGCAAUAUUGUCAUAUCAUUUUUCUUUAGGAGUGAAAUUCAAAUUUAUGAAAUUAUCUACAGAAAUUCCAGCUUUUAUAUCUAGAAGACCAUUGAAUUUAAAAGUUCAUGUACAUAAUCUUUGAACUGAUUGUUCUUGAUUUUUUUUUCUACAAAUGUUAUGAAUGCAUUGACUUAAAUGUGGUUGUGAUUAGGGAAUAGCAAAAAUAACUAGAAACCAAUUGCUACCAAUACAUGCCUGCAAAACAUAAAAAACUUAUCUUUAAUCACUGGAUUUUGUUGAGGCAAAACGUAAAUAUAUUAUCUUUAAUACUGAAUUUUAUUGAGUAGUCAACUUAAAAUUCUGACAUUAGGUUGUAACCUGGUUACUUCCCUUGAAUUUUGUUUUUAUAAUACAUAUAAUUACUGUUGGCAGAUUUCUUAAUGAGAUGGAUACAAUAUAUGUUAUUUGAAUCUUGUACCAUUACAAUAAAAAUAUAUGAACAUGUU